AUGAUAGAUCAAGGGAUAAUUGAGAUACUUCAUAAUCGUAAUGAGGAUGAAGUUGAUGUAAUUACUCCUGUGUUUAGAAUUCCUAAGCUUGUUGUUGUCAAGUAUGAUGGAAUCAUGCUGGAGGAUGGAAAGGAGGUGUCGUUGCCCUCAACUUCUGUGGUAAGCAUUUCAGAUGUUAGUGGAGUGACCCGUAGUGGUCGUGUUUUCUCGGCGCCGCCAAAAUCCCGCGAAGACAUUGUGCAGAGAACUGUUGUUAAUCCUACCGGUCCCGUGGGGACUUCUUCUCAAAAUAAUUCUGUUCCUGUUGUUAACCCUGUUGUUGUCAAGAAUAAUAGCACUCCUAUCCUAGUUGGCCAGUCUGGUUCCAAGGUAGUUGUUUUUACUGACCAUGCAACUUUGAAGUACCUGUUGAAGAAACUAGAAGUAAAGCCGAGAUUGAUUCAGUGGAUGUUGUUGCUCCAAGAGUUCAAUUUGGAGAUUAAAGAUAAAAAUGGAGUUGAGGAUUUAGUGGAUGACCACUUAAGAAGAAUAGAGAGGGAUAAAGAUAUUUUUCCCAUCCAUGAUGGUUUUCCUGAUGAGAAGCUUUUACACCUACGUGAGGUAACUCCUUGGUAUGCUGAUUUAGUUAAUUAUCUUGUUGCUAGAGUUUUGCCUGUAGGUGCAUCUAGAUCACAAAUUCAUAAACUCAAAAGUGAUGCAAAAUAUUAUGUGUGGGAUGAUCCAUAUAUUUGGAAAUUCGGUACUUAUCAGAUAAUUAGGAUAUAUGUCCCCGACCAUGAGAUUGACAUUAUUUUUCACUUUUCUCAUGCAUCUCAAAUAUCAGGUACAACCAUCACUCGUAAGAGUGAAAUGCCUCAACAACCAAUGCUUUUCUGUGAGGUGUUUGAUGUAUGA